AUGGUAAGGGUUGUCAAGUUACCUGCACUCAACAAAAGUAAAGACAUCACCUGGGAUGUAACGGAUGCAAUCGUAUGGUACUAUGUCGAAAGCACUCUCAUCGUCGUAGCAGCAUGUGGACCAUCGUUGAAGCCGUUGAUUCGAAAAUACGCACCAGGGCUCUUGGGGUCCAAGACUCCAGAUAGCUCCGGAAUAUACCAGGGACAAGGGAGUAGUGGUACCUCGCACCGAGUUGGGCGGAGAUUUGUAGAAGGCGUCAUAGCACCUUUGCCGACUGGACACCAAGCCUCAACUCAUAUUUCUUCAUCCAAAGAUAGAAGUUUUUACGGGGAAUGCGAUAGUGAGGAGAGGAUUAUCCAGGAGGAGAUGGGGAUGGGUAUCAUGAAGAGGACGGAUGUCGUGAUGACGGUGGAAAGCCAGAGUGAGAUAGACCUGACUAUCUCACGGGAUACAUUACAAGACUCGGAGAGUGGUAUACGGUUGGAGGUUUUGAGUAGCAGUAACAUAUACGUAGACAAUUCAAAAGCUAACUUAUGA